AUGCAUGAGGAUGCAGAGGAGAUACCAGGAUGGGUAGAUGCAGUGAAGUUGUGUCAGGAAUCUUUACUCAAGCCACCGUUUUUCGUAUAUAUAAACCCGAACUUUAUUUCCUCUCACCUCAGUCGUCAUCACAUCGUGUCUGACUCUGAGGUAGCUACCCAAUACAGUCGUCAUCACAUCGUGUCUGACUCUGAGUUCCAAAGCUGCAUGGAAAAGCCUCACAUUGUAAUAUCUGUCUUGACUGGAAGAGAUUCAGAAAGUAAGAAGUGGACCAAUAUUACUUUGAAUCAAAGUUUAUUGUAUUUACAGGAUUUUAAAAUAGUUUGGUACCUAAUACUUAUUUUUUAUAUACAACAAGAUGGUCUUUAUCAGUGGAAAGUGAGUUGCCCUGCUUUUCACUGUCAAUCAUUUGGUGACCCAUUCUCUGAGCUUUCAUCAUAUCCUCUUAAUCCUGCUAUUCCUCCUGAUCUUCAUGAGAGGAGGAAGCGUGUUCUUGAUCUUGUUCUUCUUCUAGAUCUUCUUCUUCUUGAUCUUAAUAGUGUUCAUAGAAAUGAUAGGAUUCCUCUUCCUCUUCCUACACUCAUUAUUAUCAUUUGGUUUCUUAGGAUGAAAAAGUAUGCCACCCAGAUUUUCAUUGGCCACCCUUUUGGUGGAUUGUAUCUUUCCUUUUACAGCUUGUUUGUUGACCCCUCAUUCUUAUACAUGCCUUUAAAUUCUUGUGCGUCACCAACUUUCUUACCCACCAACACUAAUUCCUCCAUUUCAGCAAUGGAGGGAACUAGUAUGAGAUUAGUUCGCUUGUCGACUCGCGCGUUGGUGUAUUCCCUUGAAUAUAAAUCUCGUGCAAUGAGUAUACGAGAGGUUGAGUCACGUGUAUCUGGACUUGGCGCGUUCUACUAUGAACGCGCAGAGUUUGAUUUGACGAAGUACGCCGUUAAUCAGAAUCAUUGGUACUCAGACCUUAACGGUUUUGAUUAG